AUGGCUUUGGACACAGCGACAACAGUCAGCGCGACGCGGCGGCAGCGUUGCAACCUGCCCGCGGGCAGGUGCCCGUCCACCCGUCGCAACCACAAGAUCCCGCCGCUUCGUCACUUCCUCCCUCUCCUCCUCCUCGCUCUAUGUCUCUUACCCCCCUCCGUCCUUCCCGCUGCCGCCAAAUCUUCCUCUCAGAGCGACCAGGACGGGAGGUCAAUCCCGUCCGCCGCCGCCGCCGCCGCGGUUUCGAGAAUCGCCGCAGCAGCAGAAGAAGAAGGCGCAGGAGCACUCACCGUUUCUCGCGGCGAGGCGACGCUGGGAGCCGACGCUCCGACCGCAGCUGUUCCAUCGACCUUAAACUCGACAAAGCCGCCACUGGAAACGCCAUCGAAAAAGCCACCAGAAGACUCUGGCGGGGGGACGAGCGCGGAGCGAGCAGCAGCGCCGGUGCUGCUGGCGGUGAAUAUCACGUCUGCGCCGUCGGAGCGUAGCGCGGGCAGCAACGCUUCGUUCCGGUUCGCGGCGUUCUGGUCGCCGGAGGGAAGCCCGUGCCGCAACUGCUCCUACGCGUGCUCGCUUGAUGGCAAACCCGCCACCCCGUGUAACAAGGGCCACAAGCGCUACUCCGCGCUCGAGUCGGGGGAACACACCUUCCGCGUGCGCGCCACUGCGCCGGCCCCCGCGCUCCGGGGGAACUCUGCCAGCGGCGCGGCUGCUGCACUCUCCCCUGCUGCUGCUGUCAGUGCGACCGCGUCGCACACGUUCGUCGCAGACCCGUCGUGCGUGGUACCUGCGGAGAUCACGGCCAUCCCCCCGACCAGCCUCAACGCCUCCACGCAAAUCAUGCUCCACCUCUCGCGCCCCUGCCUCGGGCUCUUCUGCUCGUCGGGAAACAAUUGCUCGGUGAGCGCACUGUGGGCGGAAGAGGGAUGUGGGCGGAAAGGGGUGUGGGCGGAAAGGGGUGUGGGCGGAAAGGGGUGUGGGCGGAAAGGGGUGUGGGCGGAAGAGGGGUGGGUGAGGAGUGCUGCGCCUCUCUCCCACCGUCCACCAUCCCCCCCCCCAACCUUCUUUCCCGUGCAUCCUGCUCAACCUCUCGCGCCUAUGCCUUGGCCUCUCCUGCUCCUCCAACAACCUCUCUCCCUCCUUUCCCACCCCUCCCUCUCCACACAUUCCGCCUUUGCCAUCGUGGUUCGGGGCCCUGCAGAGGUGGUCCCGGGGAGUUUCCAGGAGGUGGUGCCGGGGCUGCGGUACACAGCACGUGUGGCGUUCACAGCCAAGUACGGCCGCGUGAUAGUUCGCAUGCCCCGAGAGGCAUGUAGGGUGCGCGCGACCCUGGGACAAGUCACCGAUGGUGACGCUAAUGCUGGCGGUGCUGCUGGUGCUGGUGCUGCUGGUGCUGCUGCUGCUGCUGGUGGUGGUGGUGACCAGCGCGAGCUCAAGGUGCGAAUCACCCCCGACCUGGACCCUACGCCCCUCUUCUUCCACGGGAAGCCGCGGCCGCUCUACACCGCUCUGCACCCCUCCGACGUGCGGUUCCUGGUGCGGCUGCAGACCGCGGCGGAUGGGCUGGAGGCGGCGGUGAGGGGUGCAGGCGUGGUGACUCCCACUGGAGCCCUCUCGCUCGUGUCUCUCGCCCUGCCUGAGGCUGCCCUCACCAAUGAAUACGGGGCGGUCAGCCAUGCCUCCUCGCCCGGGUUCAUCCUCUAUGCCCCCGCGCCCCUGGCCGCGCAGCUCACAUCACUCUCCCCCUCGCACGUGCUCGUUGCGCCCAUGGGGGAAGCAGUAGCGGGCGUGCUGGUCGCGCUGACGGCGCCAGUGCGCGCAUUUACCGCUGCGAGUGUGCGUGUGACGGGCGCAGCUGUUGUUGGUGCCAGUGCGCGCAUUCGCUGCCACGAGUUUGAACCUGGCGGGCGCUGCUGUGGUCGGUACCCAUGGGGAGUGGAGGAGGAGGAGGACGAGGAGGAGGAGGAGGGGAUAGCACCAGUAGCGCUGACAGUGCCAGUGCGCGCAUUCACUGCUGCGAGUGUGCGGGUGGCUGGCGCUGCUGUGGUCGGCAUCUACCAGCGGUCGCUGUUGGAGUAUGUGGUGAGCAUCCAACCGCGCGCAGCAGGCGAGGCAGCGACUAUCCAUGUGCCGGCUGGGGCGCUGCAGGGCCCGGGCAACCGCAGCAACGAGCAGCCGUCCAACACGCUCACCUUCGUGCAGUACGAGUCGCCAGCAGCAGCGUCGGUGGUAUCGGGAGUGACAACAGCAGCAGCGUCUCUCUCUAUGGCCGCCUCGGCACUGCUCUCGCUCUCCUCCUCCGCCCUCGCCCUCUCGGGCCAUGCUGCCUCUGCCACCUCCGCCGCCUCUGCUGCCCUGCUCGCCGUGCCCUCGCGCAGUCUCCUGCAAUGGCCCUCUCCUCCCCCGCCACGGGUCGUCGACUUUGACUCGAAAACCGUCGAUCCUGCUCUCCCCGCUCCCUCUCCCGUCCCUCCACAGAACAUGGUGUUUCACCUACAGGCCAUGGCGCUCUCCUCCUCGCUCGCCACGGAUCUCCCACUCACCUUCUCCCAAGCGGCACAGAACCUGCUCUGGAUCGUACCCUCCGCCAAGCUGCCCUGGUCCCAAGAUCUCAACCCGCACAUGCUGCAGACUCCUGCUCCCUAUGCUGCUGCUGGUGGCUUUGGGGAGGUAGGUGGGCCGGCUAUGCAGAUUCCAAAAACAGGAGCAGAGGUGGGAGCAGGAGCAGGAGCAGCAGCAGGAGCAGGAGCAGCAGCAGCGGCUGUUGAAGCUCAGAGUAUCGCAGUCAACACCUCUGAAUCCCCCCCGCUUUUAGCUUCCUCCUCGUCUCCCUCCUCACCGCUCCCUGUGACUGUCCGUAUUGGCGAAGCAACAUACGCGAGUGAGUCGAGUCAUGCAGAUAACACCUCCCCUGCUCGAAGCCCGCACAACAGGAGACUGCUGGGAAGGGAGAGCACAGAUAGUGACGAAGGCGGACCGAUUGGGGACCGUCAGAGCUACAUGAGCGAUGUGAGAGGCGGUUUCAGAGGUGAUGUGAGCGAUGCAAGUGAUACAAGUGAUCUGGUGAGACGUGACUUAGGAGGCGAAUCGGUUGGGUCGGACUUGGUACCGCAUUACAUGAAGGGGAGGGGUGCCAAACGGCCAUCAGGGGGUAUCGGUGGUGGUGGUUUUGAAGGCGAUACUAAUGAGAUGUUCCUCCUGCUAGCACGUGCAGAAACGGCAGAGGGGAACAGCGGUGUUGCUCCGAAGAAUGGCAAUGUGCAUGGGUCGGCUGUUGGUGUGGUUCAUGCACGUGCAGCUUCCUCGGAUGUUGCCCCAGGCCCUACUGCUGCUGCUGCUGCUGCUGCUGCCUCUGCUGCUGCUGCUCAUGCACGUGCUUUCAGUGCCGCUCAUACCCCUGCUGUUCGUGCUGUUGCUCCUGCUGCUGUUGUGAAACAAGCUUCAGCUCAGCAAAUUCCUGCCAACGGGGUAGCAGAAGCAGAUGCCGUGAUUGCAGGGAACGAAGAGGGGGAAUGGGACAGGGAGGAGGUUGAAGACGCGUAUGAGGAGGGAGAGGAUGGAGAGGAGAGAGAAGGGGAGGGGGAGCAAGGCGUGCCUGCGCCCGCUGUUGUCAGUGGUAGUGGCGAUGGUGGUGGUGCUGCUGGUGGUGCUGCUGGUGGCGAUAGCGUUAGCGAUAGGAAAAGGGGCGUUGUUGCUGUGAGAGAGGGCAGCAGGGAUAACAGAAAAGGGUCUCUGAACGAGACAGAUGGAGACGAGAAGAACGGAAGUAGUGACGAUACCGAGGAGAGGAAACCAGACACCAGUUACCUUACGACCACGGAAUACAGAGACCUUCAAAAGGUACGGUGGAGAGAGCGGUUUGAGAGGCGUUUUGGGAGGCGUUUUGCAGCAGUUAUGGCACUAUGGACCAAGGCCAUGGAAAUCCUCUUCUGGACAGCCAUUCUCAUCUCCUCCUUCAUCCUCCUCCACCUCAUCUCCCUCCUCCUCCUCCCCAAGCCUUCCUCUUCCCUCUCCUCCUCCUCCUCCUCCUCCUCUUCUCCCUCCUCCGCGCCCCACUCCGCCACACCCCCCGCGUUCUCCUCCCCUCCCCCAAGCACUCCGCUGCCCUACCUCCGCUCGCCGUACGCCUUCCCCUCGCCCUACUCCCGCCAUUCGCGCUCCCCCGCCUCUGCCCACUCCAGCCCAGGCCUCUGCUCCUCCCCUUCCCCCCCAAAGAAGCGCAACAGCGCUUCCCCCGCUUCUAGACGCGCCUCUUUCGCCUCCCCGCCCCCCUGCGCCUCCUCCCCCGCGCAGUCCCCGUCCCCCGCGCCUCUCUCCGCGCAUCUGCUCUCGUUCCCGCGCCCAGAGGUCGUGCUGGGGGUGUUUCUGCUGCCCGCGCUCUCCUUUUCCAUGGCUACUCUCUUCCAAGCGCGCCCCUCCACGGUGUCACGAGCCAAGGGGCGUCUGCGCACGCUGCACCUGCUCGCGGACCUCUCCCACCGCGUUGCGCUCGGCGCGCUGCUGGGCGCCUUCCCCCUGCGCUCCUCCCCGCACGCUGCCUCUGCCCAGGUUUGUAAAGUGGUUGGGUUUGGGGCCGUUGAGAGCGUUCCCGGGUCUUUGCAACAGAGAGCCCUCGUCGUCCUGUCCUCUCUGCACUUCCUAGUCAACUCAAAUUACAUCCCCGUCCCAUCCUCCCACCUCUUUCCCCUCCUCUACCUUCUCCGCCCCCCACCGCAGGUCGUCGCCGUCCUCGUGCUCUCCUCGCUGCACCUCCUCUUCCUCCUACUCGUCCGCCCCUUCAUCUCCCGUCUCAUCCUCGCCACAGAGUCGCUCUCUCACGCGGCCUACAUCGCCCUGCUCUCCCUCGCCCUCGCUUUCAUCUCUCUAGACCCAUCUGCAAACCCCACCGUGUGCCAGCCCGGUUCUUCCUGGGAUAUCGCCAUGGUGUCACUGCUUGCUGCCACUGCGGCUGCACAGACUAUGACCUUCUGGUAUGGGAUUGUGGAGCAGGUUAGGGCGCUGUCCCCUGGUGGGGACGGGCAGAUGGUUGUCGAAAUGGAGGACGAGGGGGGUGCUGUGGCGUGCAGUGCGGUAUGCGGGGGUGGUGAUGGGCGGAAGCGGGGAGUGAGGUCAUCUGAUGCGAGUGUGGAGGUGAAGGGAGGGAAUGUGAGGGAUGGCGUGCCAGGAGAAGAGAUGGGUACGGUACCAGGGAGUGCAGAUGUAGGUGAGGGCAACAACCCGUUUGACGGAAUGAGCCCAAGCAUAUCGGGGAUCCGGCGGGAGGUGGUGGACGGGAUUCUGGCAGCAGCAGCGGCGCUCUAUGAGGAGAGGCACACUGGCGGCCCCACUCCCGUCUCCCCCUUACCUGCUCCCUCCCUCUCCGCGUCUCCCGCUCUCCACGCAGCAGCAAAAUCCGGAGCAGCAGCACAUGCAGGUGGCCAGCCCGGUGCUGCCAAUGUUCGCACGGUUGAGGCAGUUCGCACAGCAUCGGCAUGCAGCGUUCCUGCUGCUGGUGGGAGCAAGUAUCCGUUGAGGGAGUCAGUGGGGCAGAAUGUUGAUGGUGAGGAGGUGAAGUCUGCUCGGCAGGGAGUGAGGCAAGCGAGUGAACACCUGCCGCAGUUGGUGCAGAGAAAGCAGGAGCGAGAGGAGCAGCAGCGGCAGUCGCUGGAUAGCCCUGGCACAGAGGCUGCCAUGGGAAGCAAAGGGCACCGGAGCGUUGGAGGAGGGCUUGCUAUGGCGCAUCCUAGUGUGGGAUCUGGUGCUGCUGCUGGUGCUCCUGCUAUGGGCAGUGGUGCCGCCAGGAGUGGGAGGAGCGGAGGUGGAAGUGCUAAGGGGAAUGGCGGGGGAAGCGGUGUGAGGGGUGGAGUGACGAGUGGUGGGUCGCAUGGGAGCAGAGGGGGAAUGGAGGUGCUUAUGGAGUCAACGGCUAGCAAUAACACGAGGAUACUGAAGGGUGCUGUUGUUGGAGAGAGUGUCUGCUCAAAGGAGAAGGGGGUUGUUUCGGAUGAGAGUGGACGAGGGGGAGGAGGUGGAGGCGGUGUUGAAAGCAUCGGGAGAUCAACACCACUGUUGUCAUCGUCGCAACCAGCGUCGCAGCCGUCGCCUUCGUCAUCGUCGCCCGUCGCAAUGAUGCUUCAAUCGCAGAUGGCGCGCUCUGCGUGCGCCUGUCUCCCGUGCAGCAGCCCUUCUUCCUCCGAAUCCGCCUCACUAGCAGCCCGUUUUGCCGCGUUCUCUUCCGCCGGUUCUUCCCCGCGUGCCGCCGCGGGUGCUUCCGCUUUCCGUGCUCCCCCAGCGACGCGCGAUUCGCUGCAUUUCCGCCUCGCACCGUCGCAGAGCGCGUGGCUGCGGCAGUCGCAGCAGCAGGGCCGUGCGAUGACCUCUUCCGCGCGUGCGACAGGCCCUGUCGCAUCGCAGUCGUCCGCAGCUUCCGCAGCCGCAGCUGCUGCGCGGAUGGGGGGAGGGUCGGGGGGAGGAUCAGGGGCGGCGGGGGUGGCGGGGGCUGUGGCAGGGUCAGCAACGGGUAUAGCCGAAACUGCGGGCGGAGCGGUUGUAGCGGACACGCCUCCUCUGAUCCAUCCGAACGCUGUUGUGCAUCCUGACGCUGUGGUCCGGGAGGGUGUGGAGAUUGGGCCGUUCUGCACUGUUGGCCCCCAUGUGACUAUAGGGAGGGGCUGCAAGCUGCUGCCCGGGUGCCACGUGGCAGGGAACACAGUGAUUGGCGAGUUUUGCACGCUGAUGAGUGGGGCAGUGGUGGGAGCAGACCUACCAGGCACCACGGUGAUCGGCAGUCACAACAGCAUCGGAUACCAUGCCACUGUGGGCGUCAAGUGCCAGGACCUCAAAUAUCAGGAGGGCAGUGGGUGCUUCCUGGUGCUGGGCUCACACAACGACAUUCGGGAGCACGCCCAGAUCCACCGCUCCUCCAAGCCAGAUGACGCCACUGUGAUCGGGGACCGCAAUCUGAUCAUGGGGUCAUGCCAUGUGGCACAUGACUGCAAGCUGGGUAACCGCAACAUCCUCGCCAAUGGCACGCUUCUGGGAGGGCAUGUCGUGCUGCAUGACUUCGUGCACACAGGGGGCGCGGUGGCAGUGCAUCAGUUCUGCCACAUCGGCUCCUACUCCUUCCUUGCUGGGGGAUCCAUGGUGGUGCGGGACGUGCCCACGUUCACCAUGGUGGCAGGCGACAGGGCGGAGCUGAGGGGGCUCAACCUGGAGGGGCUCAGGCGCUCUGGCUUCUCCACUGAUCAG